AUUUACACAGAAAACACCGGAAAUAAGACGACUUUUCAACCAAAGUAAAUGUCUCUCAGCUACCUGAGCAGCUGUGAAAAGUGGAACAUUCCUCAAGGCCGACUUUACUUCGAAAGCUUCAACCAAAAGUUGUGUUUUCCAUUCAUGUGUGUUUUACACAGAUGUGAAAGCUGCUCUGUUCAGAGAUUACAACACGCUCCCGCUGAGAAGUUUAAGGAUUAAGUGAGUGAAGUUUACUCGGAUGUUUAUGUUUUCUUCAUUUUUCCCUCCAGAUAGCUUCCACCCUUUUUUCCUCCGCACUCUCUCUUUUUGAUGACAACGUGUGGCGUUAACUCGGGUCGGCUGACCAGGGUCUGCUGUCAAACUUUGGUUGACAUGGAUUUGUUGCACCGACGACGAACGGACUGAAUACUUUGGGCAUUUUCAUCAUUCACUUACAGCUGCGAAGAAAAAUACUUAUUGCACCUAUUUUUUUUUUUUUUUUUUAAAAAAGCAAGUUGCCAGUAACUUAUUAAACUGAAGCCAUGCAAAAGUUCAAUUCCAGCGGUAGCCACAGCAGCACGCUGCCCCGGGACGCGGAGCUCCAGCUGCGGUUAGCUGACAGUGGAGGAGCCGGGGAAGGGAAGGAGAACGGCGCCGGGAAGCAUUUCCUCACCCAGCCUGAGGAGGAGAGCUCGGUUUGCACCAAGAGGAGGAUGCUCGUCGGUUUGGAUGUAAUAUGUCUUUGUGUCGCUUCCAUCCCAUUCUUUGCGUGUGAGUUGAAGGCAGUGACGCCGUACAGGCGAGGAUUCUUCUGUGGAGACUCCAGUAUUACCUAUCCCUACGUGGAGAGAGAGGCCAUCCCAGACAGCCUGCUCAUUGCUGGUGGCAUAGCCAUCACUGGCCUUACAAUUGCACUGGGUGAAUGUUACCGGGUGCGUUUCCGAGGUGUACACUCACGGGCAUUUGUUCGCAACCGCUAUGUGUCAUGUCUGUACAAGGAGCUGGGAAGCUUCCUGUUUGGUUGCUGCGUAGGUCAAUCUCUCACUAAUAUGGCAAAGCUAAGCGUGGGGCGCCUGCGACCCAACUUCCUGUCUGUCUGUAACAUCACCUAUGCGUCCAUCAACUGCACUCCGGGCAGCUAUGUGUCCCAGGUCACCUGCAGGCAGCACAACCAGAAGAUGGUGGAGGAGGCGAGGAAGUCCUUUUUCUCUGGCCAUGCUUCCUUUGCCAUGUACACCAUGCUCUAUUUGGCAUUCUACCUGCAGGCACGGUUGUCGUGGCGAGGAGCUCGACUGUUACGCCCACUCAUACAGUUCCUAUUAGUGAUGAUCGCCAUCUACACCGGCCUGAGCCGCAUCUCUGACUACCGUCACCACCCAACUGAUGUCCUCACAGGCUUCAUCCAAGGAGGGCUCACUGCAUACUGGGUGGCCUUCUACAUCUCCUCAAUGUUUAAGCCAUGUGCCCGUCCAGACCUGUCUCCCACUAACAUGUCCCUGGAGAGUCCACUGUCCAGCCAACAAACUGUCUGUUAGCAGGCACAUGCAAUCAGAAGACAAGUGAACAUGGACUGCAGAAAGACAGGGCGAAUGUCAGAUAGCACAGGUGAGGAGCAGAGAGAAGAGAGAAAGAGAAAGGGAAUCAUAUAAAAGAAGGAUAUGAUUAAAAGUUGAUGGAGUACAAUCUAACACAUGCUUGCUCUUUUGAGCAUACUGAUACACAAACAUAGAUUCACACAGUAAUCUAACAACUUCACACUCUCACAUAUGUGAAAUACAAGAAGCACAUUUGACUGCAAGUCAAACCCGUCCAGUGAAAAGAACUGCAUAGUAUAUUACAGAUAUUUUUUUAUAUAUGAAAAAAAAUAAAAAUGUCUAUUUUUCAAGAGGACUUUUAGAAGCUGCUAAUGUUGAUAGUUGCCAGUUGUUUCUUCUGUGAUGGAGGCCUUUGGUCAGUGCAUUCAGUUAGCUUUCAAAGCACAACUGGUCACUCUUUGGUCCUUUUGUGAGGGAGGAGAAAAUGCCAGCCUCCUCUUUUUUUUUUUUUUUUGAUCUCCUGCUCAGCUUGGAAACAUCACACAGCAGCUGUGAACUGAUGCCAUCAGACCUCAGACAUAAACACAGCUCUGUACCGAGUGACAGACCUGGUAGUGAUAAGGAACAAGCACUGGCUUUAACUUCUAACCAUCUUUACCUUCAGUGGCUUGAUGUGCCGCUGCUCUAAUCAGACUACCCUGCCUACGAUCACUACGAUUUAACAAUCAUCUGUACAUAAGCAAAGAAAAAAAACAGUAUUUGUGCUGUAAAACAAUGUUGUCUUUCUUUAUUUUUUUGAGUAACCAAGGCAGUGUCGGGGAGAAAUCUGACCAGGUAACUAUCUUUCCCCUUCACUGCCGCUUUUCUGUACUAACCACUUUGACUGUGUCUCAGAGGUGGAGGUUUGACUGAAUUUUUGUAACCUUUGACUUUUGUCUCUGAGCUGCACCUUGAUUUAUGCCACUCUGACAGGAGAGCCCUCCUGUGCGUCUUUAUUAAUAGCACUUGAACGUACAUAAUGGAACCUUCUAAUUAUAAUCAAUAUUAUAUAUUUUAUCACAAGUUUGAAUAAUCAGUGUUUAUUUUUGUUAAUGUCAGACUCAUACACUAUAUUUGUUUUUGUUGUUUUCUUCUUGAAAUGAUAAUUAUUCAAAUUGAAUGUAAAUAGCAAUGUCAUUUUAUAAACCACACAGAAUUUCAAAAGUAUUAGUUCCAGUUUUGGACAGUUUUUACAUGUUUAUGUAAUUGUUUAUAUUUACGUUUGUAUUGAUCAGGUACGGAAAGUUACUAUUGUAUCUGUUGUAACUACUAGACUGAGCCACAGAUAUUAUCAGAAAGCUAUAUUUUUUGUGUUCCCAGUUAUUGUUGUUUGUUUAUUUUGUCUGUGAAUGCCAGAAAAGGCAGAAAUAACCACUGUACUCAAAAAAACCAAACCAAUAAAAUGAAUGUUGAAUGUU